AUGGUUCGUAAUUUGCUGACAUUACCGGGGGACAUCACGAGCAACAAUGCGUCUUCACUGUUGCAAGGACGUGGCACUUACGUCGACGGCCAUCAGUUGAAGGCUGGUUUUUUGGGGACUUUUAAGAUGGUCAACCAGCUGGCUUACGUGGAACCGAUUCACGGCCGGUACAAUGCACAGAUUGGUGACGUUGUGGUUGGCGUCGUGCGUCGAAUCCGUGGCAAAUGUUGGUAUAUGGAUAUCGGAGCUCCAGCAAGGGUGCAGUUGUCCAUUUUGCAGGUGAAUACUGAGAAGCUUGCUAAUCGCCGUAAAGGUGAUAAGGAUAUAUACGAUAUGCGUAAGAUUUUUGCCAUCGGUGACGCCAUUUCGUGCGAAGUUCAGCGUAUUUCUGCUAGGGGUACUAUUAUGCUGCAGACGCGAACUAGCAAGUAUGGCCGUCUUACUAACGGCGUGUUGGUUAGGGUGAAACCUAAUCUGCUGCUGCGUCAAAGCAAACACAUGCAUGACCUGCAGUGCGGCGUGCGUAUGAUUUUCGGUUGCAAUGGGUUCAUUUGGAUCUCCCGGUUAUAUGAAGGCGGAGACGCUGCAACCCAACUUCGGGCUUGCCAUGACAUUUAUACAUUCCGUCGGAUAAUUCUGACACUGUCUGGUGCAAGCGUCCAGAUUUCUCUCCGCCUAUUGUGCGAAAUCUAUAUCUACUUCAGGCAACGUUACCCUACAGUAAACAUUUUGUCCAAGGAUUUUGCCCCUGAGUUGUUGGACCAGUUUUUAACUGAUAGGAGCAUGUGA